AUGGUUGCUUCAGUCUCUGGCGCUAGUCGCGCGAUCUUCGCUCUCUGCUCUCUUAUCGCUGCCCAGGGUGGCUUUGCUGCUGCCCAAACGGCCGACAUUGGUUCGUGCUUGGCCAAGGCCGGUGUUGAGAACUCGGUGCCCACCACUUCCACAUGGGCUGUGGACACUGAGGCUUGGAACUCGCGUGUGAGCCCCAAGCCUUCUGCUGUCGCCUUCCCCAAGACGGAGGAGGAGGUCUCGGCUGCUCUGAAAUGCGCCGCUGAUGCCGGUGUUAAGGUGACUACGCUUGGUGGCAACCGUUCGUUCUCCAGCAUGGGUUUCGGUCGCAACGAUGGCGCUCUGGUCAUUAACCUGAAGGGUUUGAAGCACCUCGAGUACGACGAGUCCACGCAGCUCCUGUCGUACGGUGGCCCCGUUAUGAUCUCGGAGGCUGCCAACCACAUGUGGAACAAGUACAAGCGCACGCUUCCUCACGGCCGUUGCCCCGAUGUCGGUAUGACGGGUGUGGCUGCUUCGGGUUUCGGUACUCUGUCUCGUUCUAGCGGCACUGUGCUGGACAACAUUGAGUCCGUCCGUGUGGCUCUUGCCAACGGCUCCAUCGUGGACGCCGACGCCAAGCAGAACUCGGAUCUGUUCUGGGGUGUGCGUGGUGCCGCCAGCUCGAUGGGUGUGGUGCUUGACUUCAAGAUCAAGACGUACGAGCCUCCUUCGGAGCGUGUGACGAACUACACUAUCGAGUUCAACUCGAGCUACAAGCCGACUCAACAGGACAACGUUGACGCGCUUGUCGGUACCCAAAAAUGGGCUCUGAGCGAAGACAACAACGACCUGGUCUCCAUUCGCUUCAGCCUCAAGACCAAGUCUUCGCUGCAGGGUUUCUUCUACGGCGGUGGCGCUGAGGCUAAGACCGUGCUUGGCUCGCUGAUGAAGAACCUCCCGUCUUCGAUGGUUCUGACCACCACUGAGAACGACUUCUGGGCUUCGGAGAGCAUCUCGACCCCCGGUAUUGUGGCGCAGACUCUCACCCCUCGUCGUUAUUUCUACAUCGCAUCGGUGACGCUGCCCAGCUCGACCCCGCUUGAAAACACUACGGCCUGGGAGCUGUUCUCCAACACCGCCUACGCCCCUAAGCUUCCGGACGCUUCGGCCUCUGGCUUCGUCGACAUCUGGGGUGGCAAGUACGCCAAGGGUGUGAAGGCUGACGCCUCGGCAUGGAAGCACGACGACAACCUGCACCUGGUUCGUUGGGACAUGCGCUCGUCUGCGUUCAAUGUCUCGUUCGCCGACAGCUCGAUGACUACCAUGCGUGAGGGCUUCUACAAGUUCGUGGACGCUUACAGGGCUUCGGGUGGUGUGCCCGGUGGCUUCACGACGUACCGUGACGAGAAGUGGACGGUGCCGGAGAUGGCUGAGUUCCUGUACGGCGGCGGUAACUUCAAGAAGCUGCAGAAGAUCAAGACGGCGUAUGACCCGAACGAGAUGUUCAACACGGACCCUCAGGCCAUCCCUGCUCUGGCUGCUUAGACGAUUCUCUGAUUGAGAUUGUAUGCAUGUAUCUAGUGAGUAUCGGAGCCUUAAAAUGAAGAAGGAGUCACUCUGGUGGUCUCGCAUUGUGAAUUGUUAAAAGAAUUUUC